CGCUAGUCUUCAUUCUUUGCUUCUUACUACUAAACAGCACGACUAAAACCACGGAUUGGCAGCAACCCACGUCGACUAUGGUCAUGAGUAUCUGUGCUUGUCUUGCUUUAAUGCUGCACAUUCUCAUCCUGCUAUCACUAGAGGAGGAAUACACGCCCGGGGCUUGGCCCAAUGAUUCUAAAUGGAUGCUCCCGUACCUGCCGCCCCCGCUGGAGCCGCUGGAGGCGCAGCUGGAGGUGCGGAAGCUGCGGAAGCAGGUGCGGAAGCUGCGGAAGCAGGCGCGGAAGCAGGAGGUGCUGAAGGUGCAGCAGGCGCGGCAACAGUCACGGCUGGAGGUGCUGGAGGUGCGGCUGGAGGUGCUGAAGGAGGUGCUGAAGGAGGCGCGGCUGCAGGCGUGGAAGCAGGCACGAUGGUCCGUCAUUCUCUCUGCCCUCGCUGAGAUUGGUCAGGACGAAUCCACGAUUCCUGUGUUGAAGCAACGGUCAUAUACUACCAGUGACACAAAGGUCAUACCAUCCGCACUGGCCGACAAAUCCUGUGC